ACGGAAGUGUGCAAUUGCAGCCAGCGUCCGAGCACAUUAGAUAAGUGCCCGUCGACAGUCGCCUCCAUCCGCACGUCGCGUUCGGACCGUUCUGUGAUCUGUAUACUUACUUGGUAUACUUCCACGAUGUAUUGUGACUUCCCUGAGUUGGGGCGGUGCUGCUUCUGCAUGCCGCUAAGGAGGGGGGUGUUGACGUUUGGAUACCUCAAUUUUUUCUUCUCGGUGUUCAUGCUCGGCGUAUACAGCUACUAUAUCAACGCGGCCUCCGGCAACCUCCACCUCAUCUACCACGGCUCGCUGUCAAUGAUCCCCGCCGAGGCAUGCCUCUUCAUCUACUGCCUCGAAAUCGUCUUCAACCUGAUUCUGCUUUAUGGCACUCAUUUGAAAAAGCUUUUGUUCGUGAAGAUAUUCUACUACUUCGCCAUCGUGUCGACGGUGGCGUCGGUGAUGAUCCAACUGCUGGACGCGUCGGAGAUGUGGAUGCGGCUGGCCAUCGAGACCAUCUCGCUCACGUUCGCGGGCUUGUGUCUCCAGUUAUACCUCAUCAUCUUAGUUCGAAGUCUGAUCAAAAAGCUGAUGGUAGACGGAGACCAUGUCUUCGAGAAUCAGCUUCACCAGAUCGUCACUGGAGAGCGAAAGUUCAACAACGCCAGCAACGGCAUUUAUGAUGCUAACACCGUCGUUCCGAAUAAUCCGAAUGAUGGUUUCGCUCUAUUUGCCCUCAGCCUGGACGUAUAUUUCAGCGAUGGCUUCGAUCUUUCGACGCACACGUUCGGCUUCUACCGAGGCACCUCUUUCAUCGCCGAACGAUGGCUCUUCUUCCUCAUGUACUGUGUGGAGAUCGCCUUUAUCCUGGUUUUGCUGAUUGGGGUUCAUACGAGAAACUCAAGGCUAAUGCUGGUGUACUACUACUAUGGGAUCACUACAACUCUGGCGUCGUUGGCUACAUUUAUGUUCGUGAACGUCCAGGAGUUCCACACCCACAUACCCCUGUACUUAAUAGACAUCACCAUUAUCUUCAGUGCUAUAGUGACCCAGGCAUACCUGCUUUUACUAAUUCGCAGCGAGCUAGAAAAACCGCGUGAGUCCCUUCGGUUCGUCAACCACCUCGCUGAGGUCUGCGUGCAGCAACCGGCAACCAACGGCCUAAAUCCUUUAUAACUUUA